UAUCCGGAAAUAACGUUAAGCUGCUGUCAGCCUGUCAAAGGACUCCGGGUUAAGCAACAACGUACAGGUCAUGUUUGUGAAAAGUUGUGAUGUUGUGUAAAAUACCUUCCUUCCUAAACCCGUUUCUGUCACUUUAUCCUCGCUGGGUGAUUGAACGCCCUGCCACUUUGUAAGCGCCAAUUUCACCGUUGGCAUCAAGGAACGUAAGCCAGGAGUCAGAUAGAAGUUGAUUACAAGUUACACAGACUUUUUGUUAAUAUAGUGCUUUACUUUAAAGUCAGAUGACUCAAACAUAGGGGACUGGGACGUUGAUAGAAAAAUUGACAUUACGUCUAGGGCUGAACUAAAUUGUGUUCUGUCUGCUACUUUCAACCUAUUGAUAACCUUAUGGCUACCUUUAGCAGACGUUUAGCAACUCUGUUUAGCGCAUGUGGUAGAUGCCCACAGCGACAUCUUCCUCAUGGCAUACAUCCUUGGUGGCUUCCAGCCGGGAAAGGCUUUCACACAACCACGACUGGAAAUUCAUACGAUGUAAGGAAAGUUGAAUUGACCCCUUUGGAACAGAGGAAAUUAACCUUCGAUACUCAUGCACUGGUGAAGGAACUUGAAAAUAAAGGGUUCGCAAAGGAUCAAGCAGAAGUUGUCGUGGGAACGCUGGUGACUUUGACCACAGCCAAUAUGGACAUCGUCUACAGAGACAUGGUCACCACAGCACAUCAGGAGAUCACCCUGCAGCAGAUCAUGGCCCAUCUGGACUCCAUCAGGAAGGACAUGGUGAUCCUGGAGAAGAGUGAAUUUGCCAACCUGCGCUCGGAAAAUGCGAAAAUGAAAACAGAACUUGAACAAAUCAAGACCAGACUAAUGGAGGAGACCCAGAAGAUCAGAGCGGACUCAAAACUGGACAUCAACUUGGAGCGAAGCAGAGUGUCAGACAUGUUUACAGACCAGGAGAGGAAGCUCAUGGAGGUUGGCACUGAGUUUCAGAAGCGGAACUCCGAUAUUGACCGCAGCACCAUGGAAACCACCAAGAAGAUCGAUAUUGAAGUAGCUUCUCUCAAGACGCUCCUGGAGUCGCUCAAGCUGGACACCAUACGCUAUCUUGCUGCAUGUGUGUUCUCCUGCUUGGCCAUCACCCUGGGCUUCUACCGGCUCUGGAAGUAACUCUGGAACGAAGACGUCACACAUUGCUAUGGAAGACUUGACGUUAUAACACAUUGCUAUGGAAGACCUGACAUUAUAACACAUUGCUAUGGAAGACCUGAUGUUAUAACACAUUGCUAUGGAAGACCUGACAUUAUAACACAUUGCUAUGGAAAUGCCUGCUUUAUGUGCACAUUUUAUUUUGUAUGGUUGUGUAAAUAGUGCUGUUUUUAAAUCAUCUUUUACAAGCCUGACCCCAGUUUUGGAAGUAAAAGUCUCCAAGACA